AUGCCGGCGAUGCUCGAUCGUAUGGCUAGCUCAGCUCCUUACGGCAUGAAGGGCAUGCAACAGCCGAAUAGGAUUCCAAAGACACGGCUAGCACUCAGCCAGGCACAGCUCGACGCGAACCUGUCGAUAGUCCGCAGUCCAACAGCCGGCUCUUUUGCUGAAAGCUUCGACCCGCGCCGUCGUCGAGAGCCUAUAGCAGGGAAGCACACGUCCGACUCGCCCAGCACAGUCUACGUUCCACAUGUCAGCCAGCCGGCCAAAGGUAAGAUCCCGGCGUCCCUGGUGUCGAGGGAGACGCAAUAA